UGACAACGAUAAUUCUGAAUCUUCAACAAGUUCAUUGCCUAGAAAAAAGAGUAAAAGUGAUAUAAACAAAUUUCAAUUGGGAAUGGAAUUACAAAUGGAAAUUGAUCAAAGCAAAUCUUUGUACAUCAAAUAUCAAAACUGACGAGGACUUUUUGUUUAUUUAUUCAUAUCGUAUCAGGCGUUCAAAAUAUCGACAAAUUCAAACAUUAAAUUUAAUUAAAGUAAUGAUUGAUUUUCUACAACUUGAAUAUACCUUUAUACACGGAAUAAAACCUCAGCCUUUGGAUUAUUUUAAAGGGCAUAUACCUCCAUCAAAAUUCUCCAGUUUUUUGAUACAUUUUAAUAAACAUCUUCGUCAUCAACAAGAAAAUAUUUUUCGAAUUUAUUAA